UUGUGUUAGUAAUUUUUAUUUUGACCCCAACUGGCACCCAUUUAAACGCUAUACCAUCGUCACUUGCAUCAUCAUGGGCUGCAUGCAAUCGACCGAUGCUUCGGGCGGCCUACCUGACUCGUUCCUGCGGAACCUAUCGCAGCACCACCAAGGCUUGGAUGUCUUCGCGUACUACAAGGUCGUUCGGGAGCUUGGGACGGGGGCGUUCGGCGUCGUGAACCUCGUGCAGAACAUCUCCACGGGCGACCAGUACGCGAUGAAGGUGAUUACGAUCGGCCCCAAUGCCAAGGUAUCCGUCCUUCGGAACGAAAUCAACUUGUGGCGAGGGCUCCAGCACCCGAACAUUGUCCGCCUGGUUGAAACGUACGAGUCUCCGACGCACAUCCACAUGAUCAUGGAGCUGUGCACGGGGGGGCACAUGCUGAACGCGGUCAAGACGCGGAAGCAGGCGUUCCCCGAAGACGCGGCCAAGGAAAUCGUGCGCAAACUCACGUCGAGCAUUUACUACUUGCACUUGAAGAACAUUUGCCACCGCGAUAUCAAGCUCGAGAACAUUCUGUACGAAACCGACCAAGACGGGUCCGACGUCAAGCUGUGCGACUUUGGGGCGAGCACGCUGUUCCGCGACGGAGUCCUCAUGCAGACGGUGCUGGGGUCGGUCGUGUACAUGGCGCCCGAGUUUCUGGAAGGCCAGUACACACAAGCUUGCGAUAUGUGGAGUUUGGGGGUCGUGAUGUACAUGCUCCUGAGUAAUUCCAUGCCGUUCCAUGGCAACACGGAGGAAGACCUGAUUGAGUCCAUCUUUGCUGCCAAGCUAUCGUUUCAAGACGAAGUGUGGGCGGACGUGUCGGUCGAAGCCAAGAGCCUCGUUAAGAAGCUCCUCAACCCGAAUGUUACCGAGCGGUAUUCGUCACUGCAAGUGCUACGACACCCGUGGAUUGCCAGCGCCAAGACCAACAACCUACCGACGCAAGACAUCGAUCGGAUCAUUGCGCAACUGUCCGAGUAUGCGUCUUACAGUCGCAUGAAGCGAGCGGCGCUGUUGGCCGUGGCCUUUUGCUCGCCUUCGAUCGAUACCACAGCUAUCCGCAAAGCCUUUGACCAACUGAAUGUCCUGCACAAUGGCGUGCUGACGCUGAAGGACUUGGAGCAGGCGGCCUUGACGGACCAGUACCCGACUGUGGAUUUUGAAAAGAUCUUUACAAGUUUGGACAUUGAAAACUCCAACCAAGUCAACUUUUUGGAGUUCGUGUCGGCUACCAUGACGGUCAACCUCCAAGGCGAAAAGGUACUGCGCAAGGCGUACGGGCUGUUCAGUCCGGAUGAAACCAAGGGCGGCAUCACAGAGCUCACGCUCGGCCGUGUACUCGGUCAUGAUUUCGACGAGGCGUCUGUUAAGGACAUGAUUCGCACCGCGGAUGUGGACAAGGACGGCGCGAUCAACUACAGCGAGUUUGUGCAUUUGCUUGAGGCAAAACCUGUGGGAAAGCAAAACAGUGCGCGCCGAAGCUUUCGCAUCAGCAGCAGAAGGAAGCUCACGCAGCAAAAAAGCAAUGACGAAGACUCGAGGGUGUCCAACGAGCCGCAGCCGGAGAAGGGGCCCAACCGAGUCUAGUCCUCGUGGUGGGAGGGGGGGGGGGUGUACAAGGGAAUGAAAACGUGAUGCAAUCAAUAUAUCAAAACAGGCUUUGUUGACGACCA